AUUAAUUAAAAAACAAAACGAAACAACUGUUCAUCAUCAGUUCACUUCUACCUAUUUCUUACUUAGAUUUUUUUUUUAUUCUAAAGUGAACUUUAGCCAAGAACGAUAAUACAGGAUGUGUAAAAACAUCUUGACAUGCAGACAAGGGCUUUAUCGUGACGUUAGGUGCCUGGGAAUACUUUGAGGGCCAAACAGAAUUUGGGGGCGUUUAUACGAGUACCAAAAGCACACAAAAAAACACAGGAGGAGGGAACUUGUGCCGCUGCUCCGUUACUCCAGCAAUGACACAAGCACCAAUCUCUGAAGACUCCUGAAGCACUGAGCAUUCAAACGGGAAUUGCUGUUUAUUAUCGAGGCAUUUAUCCGCGCUGUGGAGGUUUAUAACUGUAAAAGUGUGACAUUUGGACAUUAUGGUGCGGUACUUUAUUCUAACGGCUCUUCUGCCUCUAGUCGCUACAACAACCCUGAUACCAAAUAGCGAUUUCUCAGAUAAACAGAGCAUAGUGCGGACGUUUUCUGGAUUUUUCCGGACGGUCACGGACGAGCCGUUUGACUAUCUGGAUGUGCAGGAAGGCAGCGGCUCAGGCUUCAGCCAAGAGCGCGAGAGAGAGCAGCGCCACCCUGCGGGCAAAAGGCUCUAUCACAUCUCUAAAGAGGCCUCUCAGUUCCUCACGAGCCCUUUGGUGACCGUUUUCAUCCCCACCAUCUACACGCUCAUCUUCCUCAUCAGUGUUCCUCUAAACGUGUUCGCGCUGUUCAUGUUUAUCCGCCGCGUGCACCCCAAGAAGCCGGCUGCGAUUUACAUGCUGAACUUGGCCUGCGCAGACCUGCUCUUCGUUUUGCUCUUGCCCUUUCGUAUCGCCUAUCAUUACAACGGAAACCACUGGAUCUACGGCUCUGCCAUGUGCCGCGUGGUCACUGCCGCCUUCUACUGCAACAUGUACUGCUCAGUGCUGCUGAUCACGUGCAUCGCCGUGGACCGCUUCCUGGCCGUGGUCUACCCGAUAGACUCGCUCAUGUGGCGCAGCCCCAGAAACGCUUCGGCCGCGUGCGCCGCCAUGUGGCUUCUCUCCAUCGGUGGGGUCACGCCACUGCUCGCGUCCGAGCACACCGUGCAUGUGUCCGAAUUGGACAUCACCACGUGUCACGACGUGAUGGACAUCGAACACCUCCGCGGCUACUACCUUUACUUCUUUCCCAUCUUCAGCUCGCUGUUCUUCUUCAUCCCGUUUCUCUUCACCACAGUGUGUUACAUUGGCAUCAUUCAAACGCUGUGCGCGCUUGGCGGGGAAAACCGAGCCCGGAAGUCGCGCGCCGUCGCCAUGGCAGCCACGGUGUUCGCCUUGUUCACCGUGUGCUUCGCGCCCACCAACAUCAUCCUGCUCACGCACUACGUGCGCUUCGCCCGCACGCACGACGACGCUUCAUACGCUGCUUACCUGGUGGCCACGUGCGUGGGAAGCCUGAGCUGCUGCCUCGAUCCGCUCAUUUAUUAUUUCGGCUCGUCGCGCUGUCAGAAACAGGUCCUGGCCUUCUUCAAGCGUCGCUCUGCACUGGAGCGCUCCCAGCUCAGCAGCUCCAGCGGCAGCACCACAUCCAGCAAGCUGGAGACUUUCAAAAGCAACUUAAGCAGCCAGUACAGUAAACUGGUUGCGUGAGCAAACCGCACAUGACUCUACAAAAAAUACUUCAUCAGGAUUGGAAUUGAUUGCACUCGUAGCACAUGCGCCUUAUACUAACCGUAAUGACUGCGUUCUUAAAUACAUUGUUAAACCACUAUCUUUGCUGAAUAGACAAGCCUGUAAAAAAAAUGAAGCUAAUCUGCAUUUAUUUAGUUACUCUACCAAGCUGCACAAGAAAUUCUGUAUGAAACUGUUUACAUCCCCUAAAGAAGCAGUUUGACAUUUUCUAAGCUGUCUGCUACCUGCACAGCAAAUUGCAACUGUAAAGAAAACACUGAUAAGCCUUCACUUUCCUCCCAACCAACCCUUAAGGGUUGUGUUUUGAUGAAAAGGAAAUAUUUGAGGAAAUGCGGUGAAUGGGGUAUCUUAAGGUAAAGGACAUUUUUAAAAAAUGACAAACUCCAAAUGACGAUUGUAUUAUGUAAACAAAAUGUAAUGUUACAGGAAAUGUGCAAGAAAAAAAGUCAUCGAUAAUUGAAACUGCAACAGUAUACACAAUAUUUGGAAAAUAAUUUGGCCGUUUAAAAACAGGAAACAUAAGCUUUCCGUCAGCAUUCCUUUCCAUGGAAUCAUCAGGGACAAUAAGAAUAAUAAAAAAAAACAUCGCGUUUGUAGACAGCUGGCUAACACUGAUGUUUCCUAAAAAAGCAGCAAAUCCCCACUGAUUUGUUCCUUUCAUAUCAGAAGAAAUUCUCCACAUUCCCCAUAAACCUUAACAAAAUGACUCAAAGAUAUCAUCACGCAAUAACAAGACAUGCAUCAAGACAGACAGACAAAUAGCAUGAGA